CUUGGUUUCAGUUGCACGUCCGAGGUCGAAAGAGGGGGACGCAUGCAACUGUUUUCGAUAAUCGGCCGCGCGUUCCGUACGUGAAAAUCGGACAGUACACUGCCAGUCACGUCUGCGUAAAAACGGAUAUAUGCCCAGAAUAUUUAUUAAGUGGGUGGCUGUGCGUGACUUUUCUCCUGUGAAUAGCUAGCCCCGUAAAUGAUCGGUCGCGGAAAUAGGACGACUUGUUUGUUAACUGAAAACGUCUGCGCCUGAAACAAUAGACAUUGCAGUGUUGCUUCUAGUGAAUUUUUGUGACAACGAACUUAGGAGCGAAAUGUUUGGCAUUUCAAUUUCGAACUAGUGUCACAAAGGCUCGUAAUAAAUAAAAUAGUGCGCGUAAACAUUAAAAAUGGAACUUUAAAUACAGAUUAUUUUGGACAAAAUGCGUGUGACAGCGCGGGAAAGUGGAACUGACAGAUUGGAGUAAUCGAAAGAACGUUGAAGUGUGUGAUAAUGUUGCCGUACCAAGCGGUGGCAAUGGACUACGCGGUGGCGUCCGCUGGUUUCCACCACCACCAGCGACCUGGCGGGCUGCCUGGUGUGAUGGGCCUGCCAGGGCCUGGGCCAGGCCUCAACCCGGGGCUUAACACGGCUUUCACCCAUUCCUGGUUCGUACAGACAAGCCCGGAUAUCUGUCGGCAGCAACAAGCAUCCAACCAAUCGCAUCUCGAACCUGGCAUCCUCGAGCUGCGGAAAGAGAAAAGUCGUGACGCAGCGCGUUCCCGACGAGGCAAAGAGAACUACGAGUUCUACGAACUGGCUAAGAUGCUACCUCUACCCGCCGCCAUCACCAGUCAACUGGAUAAGGCGUCGAUCAUAAGGCUGACAAUAAGCUACCUCAAAUUACGUGACUUCUCCGGUCAUGGCGACCCGCCGUGGAGUCGCGACACGCCGCCUACGAGUAAAACCUUGAAAGUAUAUCAUAUUGUUGCAGGUGCUCAAAACAGACGAACAGCUGCUGGGCUGGCUUUGGAGUUGUUUGAGCAACAUCAAGGCACACACAUACUACAGUCUCUCGACGGAUUCGCGUUGUCGGUGGCGGCCGAUGGGAGAUUUCUGUACAUAUCAGAAACUGUUUCUAUAUAUCUAGGACUAUCACAAGUAGAAAUGACUGGAAGCAGCAUAUUUGACUACGUGCAUCAAGCCGAUCACGCAGAGAUUGCUGAACAGCUUGGACUAUCGUUGGCGGGCAGAUCUGGUGCGGGCUUGAACAGUCCUGCAUCAGGCAGCGAAGAAGGCAGUCAACAUGGAACCAAUAAUCCUGAUGUGUCAGCACAAAUGAGUCUGGCAGCGAGUGGGUCGCUGUACCGAGGGAUGGACCGAGCUUUCUGCAUACGAAUGAAAAGCACCCUAACGAAGAGAGGUUGCCACUUCAAAUCCUCUGGUUACAGGGUUGGAAGAAGCAAGGACGGUGAUACGAGAAACGGAGAGGGUGGUAACUGGCGGGUAGUACUGAUGCUUUGCCGCCUCCGACCGCAGUAUACCUUUUCACACAGUCGCAAGACUCCUCCAGCACUCUUGGGUAUGGUGGCGUUGGCUAUAGCGCUACCACCGCCGUCGGUCCACGAAAUCAGAUUGGAGUCUGACAUGUUUGUCACGAGGAUCGGCUUCGACUUUCGAAUAGCGCAUUGCGAGCCCAGCAGGGUGUCGGAGCUGUUGGGAUAUACCGCUGAAGAACUUACAGGGAAAAAUCUAUACGCUUUAUGUCACGGCGAAGAUGCUAAUAAACUAAGAAAAUGUCAUGUCGAUUUAAUGAACAAAGGUCAAGUGCUGACACAUUACUACAGACUGAUGAACAAGCUGGGAGGAUACACAUGGAUGCAGACAUGCGCCACGGUCGUCUGCUCCUCCAAGAAUGCUGAAGAACAGAACAUUAUUUGCGUUAAUUAUGUCAUAAGCGGACGUGAGUAUCCAAACACUGUGAUGGACUGCUGUCAGUUAGAAGAAAGCGUGCAAGGAGUAAAGCGUGAGGAGACCACAGGGGACCCAGAAAACGGGCCCCCAGAUGCCGACACGCCUGGAGCUCCCCCGCCCCCACAGCGACACACUGCUGAGAGAACCGAGGCACCCACCAACAAUGAUUCCGCUUCAACUGCUCCUCAAACAUCUGACGUCACACAUUUAACCAGACUAAACGACACACAGCCGAUACCACUCCACACAAACCAGGAGAGAACCUCCCCGAUGCCAGCUAGAAGACUGAAGAAACGAAAACACACUACAGAUUGUGAAGACGAAGCGGAGAAGGAUGAUGAGAGACGAAAGAGUUCCUCAAAUCCCGGCGCCGCCAUAUCACCCGCCGACCGUGACAUGAAUAAGGCAAACUUAGCUCUUCCAGAAAGUACCGACGCUACAUCCGUUAGAGAUCUAGAAAAUGCUAUGUCCAAACAUUUACCAUCGGUAGCGUUGGAUGGGAAGGAAAUAUCGCAUCGGCCGACUGAUUUUUCCACUGAUGCACUAUUGAAACAGCAGCAACAGAAAUCGACCAUACAAUGGAUUGGCACUCAAAAUCACCACCUUAACCAUCUAAACCGUCAAAUACCAGGUAAUCAUACAUCAACGCCAGCUUCAGCGUUGUUAAGGCAACUUUAUGCAAAUCGGGAAAGCGUCAUUAGAAGUAAUUUCUUAGGAGAUGGCAGAACGGGAUAUUAUUCUAGCGAUGGUCAGUCAGGACCCUUGCCAACACCACCCGGGAGCGAAGGUUCUGGGUAUGGUGAACAAUUAGGUCACAAAGGAACAGAUAUAGGUUCCUUAGCCUAUGGAGGAUACGCAGACUAUCAUUCAGCAAUGACUCCGCCGGGGUCAGUAUCUCCGAGAGACAAACAACAGUACGCUUUGCCUUACGAUAAUAGUGCUUAUUCCGAAGCAUUAAGGCAUCCGUAUUUAGGAGAGGCUCCGUUGCCAUUGAAGCCUCAGGCAUAUUCGGCGGUUCCUGGUGCUUUGGACUACGCGUCGUCAUUGGACCAAUCACAAUUCUUUCAUCCUCCAUCCUCUUUCCAUCUCUAUCAUCCUCAAGCACAUUCAGCGCAUGCGUCUCACUCGCACCAACCAGUAGACAAGUCCGCGCCACCGAAUACUAAUUGGUAUUCCACCAGCUCAUAGCCAUGUUUGCGGUAGUGACGAAAGGUUUGAAAUAUUCAAAGGAAUUUUCCUUGUAGCGUUGAUUUGUACGUUCGAUAAUUGUUUAUUUAUUGUUACUGUUUUUAAACGUGGUUUGUUAUUUUUUCUAUUUUGAAAGUGGAAUUAGAAUUUCAAUUUGAUAUAGAUUAUUAUCAUUUGAAUCGUACAAAGAAGAAUUUAUGAAAUACUCACAAAUUAUUAACAUGUUUAUUUUUAAAACAUGCCUGUGCCAAAAAAGUAAUACAACAUAUAAAAUUAUUAGAAAUUAACAAUGAACUAUAUUUUAAAUAAAUCUGUUAAAUUGUCUAUACCCUUUGGUCACAAGAUGGCGUCGUGUGUAAUUUUAAUGGCGGUAAAUUUUGAGCCAUAACAGUAUUUCGUUAGUGCAAAUAAAAUGGCGGAUAAUUUUUACCCGCGAGCUAUAACUAUAGCUUAUUGCAUAUCACUUAAAUGUUUUAAAAUAAGCUUUGUAAAUUAUUGUAAAAUAGUUAGACAUUGUAUUUAGGCGAUGUAUUGAAUAACCUUGUAAAUUAUAGAUUAAGUAUUGUAUAAUAUUUUAUUAUACGAAAUAAGAUUUCAAUGUAAAUAUGACCUUUUUUAGUUAUGAAAGGAUUUUUUUUUGUUUCUCGACAACGCUCAGAGAAUUCUGUUACACGUUUUAAUCUGUAGGAUUUAAGUAGAUUUUUUAAUUGUAAUCCGUACCGGAACUAUUUUCUAGAAUUCGUGAAUAAAAUAAAAAAAAGUAUAAAUAUCAUGUAUAGAAUUUAUAUCGAAGCCUCUCUAUGACUAUGCCAGAAAAGCAACUGGUUGCCAUUGGUAGCUAAACCAACAAAGUAAAAACAAAGUACGGAAUUUAGUUUUAUGUUUUUAGAUGAAAUGUAAUUAAAAUUCCAUUCUUGUAUGUAUUUUAUAAUAUCAAUUAAAAAACUUAAAGGAUUUCCAUUGAAAUGUUGACAUUCCACAAAGUAUUACUUUUUAUUUUAAGUACUCAUGCAUGACAAUUAAAUACUCAUGUCCAUUCCAGUGUAUUAUUUUUAAUCUAUUUUUAUGCAAAUUAAAAUUUUAGAUGACAUUUUAUAAUGAUAAAAAAAAUAUAUUUAUGCUAUUUUAUUGUGCAAUAUGAGAGGAAAAGUUGUUCAUUAUAAUUUAAAGGCUUCGUUAUCGUAUCGUAAUCUAAGAUAAUCUUUAAAAAUUGUAAUAAAGUUGUAAUUAAAAUAAUAAUUGGGUAUAGGCUUGUAUCGAAAUUAUUUGUUAUGUUAAAACUCUUUUAUGAACUGAUUUUUUUUUUUAUUUUUAACGAUAACGUGAACGAAAUCUCCAUUAAAAUAUUAAGAAUUUUCAAUAA